AUCGGGCAAAGUCACAUCACCAGUUGAUGUGAGUAUUAAAAAAAUAUAUAGCUUACAGAGUACAAAUGGCAUCGACAUCGAGACUGGACAACAACAAGGUGUGCUGCUACGCACACCCCGAAUCUCCGCUCAUCGAGGACUACAGGGCUGGCGAUAUGAUUUGCUCCGAGUGUGGUCUGGUGGUUGGGGACCGCGUAAUUGAUGUGGGCUCCGAGUGGCGUACCUUUAGCAACGAGAAGAGCGGCGUGGAUCCCAGUCGUGUCGGUGGACCGGAGAAUCCGCUGCUCAGUGGCGGCGACUUGUCCACCAUAAUUGGUCCGGGCACAGGAUCCGCAUCCUUUGACGCCUUUGGAGCACCCAAGUACCAAAACAGACGCACCAUGAGCAGCUCGGAUCGCUCCCUCAUAUCAGCCUUUAAGGAGAUAUCCUCGAUGGCCGAUCGCAUUAACUUGCCCAAAACCAUUGUCGAUCGGGCCAACAACUUGUUCAAACAGGUUCAUGAUGGAAAGAACCUCAAGGGUCGUUCCAACGAUGCCAAGGCAUCCGCUUGUCUGUAUAUAGCUUGUCGCCAAGAAGGAGUUCCUCGCACAUUCAAGGAAAUAUGUGCUGUCAGCAAGAUCAGCAAAAAAGAGAUUGGCCGUUGCUUUAAGCUAACAUUGAAGGCUCUCGAGACAAGUGUGGAUCUCAUAACCACUGCGGACUUCAUGUGCCGCUUCUGCGCCAACUUGGACCUGCCGAACAUGGUCCAACGCGCUGCCACGCACAUUGCAAAGAAAGCCGUCGAGAUGGAUAUUGUACCGGGACGUUCGCCAAUUUCUGUGGCCGCAGCCGCAAUCUAUAUGGCCUCACAAGCAUCCGAGCAUAAGAGAAGCCAGAAGGAAAUCGGUGAUAUAGCCGGUGUGGCCGACGUCACCAUCAGACAGUCCUACAAACUUAUGUAUCCGCACGCAGCUAAGCUUUUCCCCGAGGACUUUAAGUUUACCACUCCCAUUGAUCAGUUACCACAGAUGUAAUUCUUUUCGUAGAUCCGAUGCUCAAUACUAACGCUAACGUUAAGUGAAGGAAAAUUCCUAAUUUAAUCACAAAUUACGAUUUUAUUAAAUAAAGUUAGCAUAACUAAUAUUCAAAUAGAACUGUUGGACCAAUCAGAACAUAAUUAAAUCAUUGUUAAAUUAAUUAUCUGAGUUAAACCCUUUCAGUUUUUGAACUUUAUUCCAAUGAUUCGUAAUACUUUGCUUGCUUGAUUUAUUUUUACAUUUUUUGUGUAUCUUUGGUAUAAUAUAAGCUAAUAACCAGAAACAAAAAUUGCACACUACGUUUAUUUGCCAGUUAUUUGCGAAAAUAAGUUUAACAAACCACGUACUCUGUUUAUACAUAAGCUUUAAGUAAUUAGUAAUAAUAUAAAUGGAUAAAAAAUUCGCAAAUAAGACGACCAAUCUGUAACUUUCAACAUUAUCAAUUGCAAAUAAAGCGGGGCGUUUAAACGUAGUAAAUGGCUAAAUUCAUUUAGAGAGCCAAGCAGGGCAGCAAACUAAUAAUUCCAAAGCAUAAUACAUGUGCUAAUAGUUAAUAGUUAAUGACGAAUUAUAUCAGUCGCCAACAAU